GAAGCGCAAAGUACCGGUUGGCUCCUACUCUGGUUUCUGGCUUCUGGGACGGCCUCGAGUCCGCCGCUGUCUGUCUCCACCUUUGCCCCCCAUCCUAAAAUUUCGAACGCAGCCAUGGCCGCAUAGCCCUUCGCCCCAAGUUCAAACACCUCGCUCUCUCUCUCUCUCUCUCUGCCCGUACACUCGGCGCAUCGCCUCCUCAGGCGGCAACAGCGGCGGCGGCGGCGAUGGAGUUCCAGCAGGGCGGCGGGGGCGGUUGCGGUGGCGGCAAGGCGCGGGACAAGUUCUCGGUCUACCGGAACCCGUCCCUCGCCCGCGCGCUCGCCUCCCGCAGCGUCCGCCCCUCCCUCCCGGUCCUCGUCCUCCUGGCGCUGUCCCCCAUCGCCUCCGCCUCCUCCAUCCUCGUCCUCUCCUCCUGGGAAGGGCAGCUCGUGAAGGUCGCCGGCCGCGUGGGCCUCUCCAUGGCUGCUGCCGUGCUUGUCUUUAGGUUGAUUGAGGCAGCGCUGGGUCUGGUCGCACUUUUUACACUGCCGGCUUUCUUCAGGGCGGUGAUGCUCUACAAUGGGAAGAGGGCACUUGCCAAAGAGGACAAGGUUGUGUUAUCUGAACGCCAACUGGGGCUUCUCGGGUUAAAGAUGACAGGUUCAGAAGCAGGUGGCACCAGUGAGAAAACCAAAAGGCCUCCCAAGGCAAAGCCAUCGACUCCGUCAGAGCCAAUUGUUCCGAUUAGGAGGUCUUCGUUCAGCUAUACGCCAUCUCGGUCUUUAGGGCAAUCAAGGAUUGGUUCCAGCAAUUUGAGCCCUGGUGGUGAGAGACUGACCACAUCAGUGCAAAUAUCACCUUCCACUCCACUACAAAAGCCUAUUUCUUCACCUUCAACCCCAUGGUCUAGGAAAAGCUCAGGCAGUGCGAAGGGCAUACAGACAGAGGCGAUGUUGGAGCAGUUCUUGGCUGGUUUGGACGAAAAUAUUGACACAAUCACAGAUUCAGCCAGUAAGAUUGCAACACCUCCCGCAACCAUUACGAGCUUUGGUGCUGCAAGCCCUGUAUCAGUCAUUACAUCAACCACCCCUUCUGGUGCUGCAAGAAGCACACCUUUGAGGGCUGUGAGGAUGUCUCCUGGCUCCCAUCAGAAGUACAGCACGCCACCAAAAAAAGGCGAGGGUGAGCUUCCACCUCCAAUGUCAUUAGAGCAGGCAGUGAAUGCCUUUGAAAAUUUGGGUGUAUACCCUGAGAUUGAGCAAUGGCGAGAUAAUCUCAGGCAGUGGUUCUCUUCUGUUUUGAUGAACCCACUUGUCCAAAAGAUCAAAACUAGCCAUAUUCAGGUUAAGCAAACAACCGCUACUGUUGGGGCUUCAGUUACUGUUAGCCAGGUUGGAAGUGAUCUUCCAAGCACAACAGCGCCGGUUGGCUUAUCUCCACUUGGUGGGACUAAAGAUUGGCAACCGACUAUCACGGUUGAUGAAGAUGGCAUUCUUAAUCAAUUGCGCACUGCACUUCUGCAUUCCCGUGAUACGCCUGUUGCACAAACCUUUGGCAGUCCACAACAACCACAACAGAAUCCCCUCCUUCCGUCUAUUCAAGCAUGUAUUGAUGCAAUUACGGAGCACCAGAGGCUUAACACACUGAUGAAGGGAGAGCUGAUAAAAGGCUUGCUACCACAGAGUAGUGUCCAUGCUGAUUACACUGUUAAGAGAGUUCAAGAACUUGCUGAAGGAACAUGCUUGAAGAAUUAUGAUUAUAUGGGUCAUGGAGAUGGUUGCGGUAAAUUGGAGAAAAAGUGGAUCAGUGAACUGCCAACUGACUCGCUCCUUCUUCUGUACUUGUUUGCUGCUUUCCUCGAACACCCAAAAUGGAUGCUUCAUGUUGAUCCUACCUCUUACUCUGGUGCCCAAUCUAGCAAAAAUCCUUUAUUUCUAGGAGUUCUUCCACCAAAAGAGAGGUUUCCAGAGAAGUAUGUUGCUUUGAUUUCCGGCGUUCCAGCAGUUAUUCACCCAGGUGCUCUUAUACUGGCUGUGGGCAAGCAGAGUCCUCCGAUUUUUGCUCUGUACUGGGACAAAAAGUUGCAGUUUUCUCUUCAGGGAAGAACGGCAUUGUGGGAUGCUAUCUUGCUUCUGUGCCACCAAAUAAAUGUUGGUUAUGGCGGUGUAGUUAGGGGAAUCCACAUAGGUUCUUCCGCCUUGAACAUCCUGUCAGUUCUUGAUUCAGACAUGGAAAGCUGAAGGACUGCGUGCUGCUUGCCUGAUAUCACAUCAGCAGGAGCUAAAGAUGGUUUUGUAGUUUGUACUUUGAGGAGAUAAAUUAUGAUCAGCCAGUUGCUGAAUGUAAACUAACACCAGCAUGCUUCGAACUAACCUACUGUUAGAUCUGAUUUGUCCUGGUGAAGUGACAGCUGAAUUUGUGCCCCAGGUUGUACUAGUAUCUUGCUUCUUGAAUCGCUCAUAGUCCAAGUUCCUUAAUUAUCACUUAACACAAA